AGUCCUCUGACUCUCUCACCACCUCUCUGUCUCUGACUCGCAGGCAAAACUCGGACUUUUAUACCGAGGCUAAAUUUAGGGGGCUGUCCGUUACGCAGUGCCCCCAUCCUGGACGCGCUUCCUUCCCCCAGCCUCGCAUUGGUCUGAUUUGUGCUGCAAACAAUAUUUAUAAGAAAAGCUGCUCCUUCCCGACACACAGCUGCACAUGAGUGAAGAGCAGCAGCUCAUCGGAGCGCAGAAGAAGCAACGCGCUGUCUAGAUUGUUUUCUGGAGACUCCGCGGACUCUGGUUAUUUCCUUGAAAACAGAAAAAGUGUAUUUAAGGAAGUUUUUUCUUUUUUUUUUUUUUUAAAUAACGCAUGGAAAUGGCCUUGAGUGGGACCAUUUUACCAUCAAUCUCUACAUUUGCCAACCAAAAGGAGAAAUGUUGGGAAGAUAGGUGGAAGGGCUAUAUGAGCGGCGUUGCGCUCAACAUGGAAAGCAGCUGCCUCGGCAGAAAAGACGAAGAGGACCUGGAUAAGUUCUUGGAUCUUGAGUUUAUUCUCUCUAACACCAGCGUGUCCGACAGUGCGCCAGCCGCAGGGACCGGGGCAGAGUCCUACCGUCUCCAGGAGUCUGGGGUGUCCGUGUAUCACCAGCAGCAGCAGCAGCAGCAGCACACCGGGAUGCCCCAGCAGUCGGCCAAUUACACAUCUGUCCCAGACAUGAACAGCCCUCCGCCCGUCUACAACAGCCUGAUGGCGGAGCUCCUUCGCUCCGACGUGGACACCAGCUUCCUCCCCGGGGAAAGCCCCAGCAUCCAGGGGAGAUUCCUCAUCAGCUCCGCGCCUUUCCAGACCACUCAGGAUUUAUUCCCCGAGCAUCCGAACAUUAAAGUGGAGCCCGCUUCAAUGGACACGUACGGACCAGUCAUGGGUCUGGUGCCUCAGAGCUGCACCAAAGUCAAGCACGAGGGGAGCGUUUCGUGCAUGAUGUCGUACGAGGAGCAGCCGCGGCUGGCCAACUCACCGCAGGCAGCGCUGGGCAGUAUGACGCCGCCUCUCAGCCCGGACGACCUGAUGAGCUCCGAGUGCCACCAGAGCCAGAUGACAUUCCCACAGAGCUUUCACCCCCACCACCGCUGCGCCUCGGCGGGAUUCCCUCACCCGCACACGGGCAUGCAGCUCCCGUUCCCCGUGGCGCACCAUCACCACCAGUUCCCCGGCAUGUUCGGCGAGGACGCAGCCAUGGGCAUGCAGCAGCCGGCGGCCGGACAGCGGGUCCUGCUCACCCCGCCGUCCUCCCCGCUGGAAAUGAUGGACACCAAGCCGAAGAGGGGUCGCCGGUCCUGGCCGAGGAAACGGACUGCGACGCACACGUGCACUUUCGCCGGCUGUGGGAAGACCUACACCAAGAGCUCCCACCUGAAGGCGCAUCUCAGGACGCACACAGGAGAGAAACCAUACCACUGCAGCUGGGAGGGUUGCGGCUGGAAGUUCGCUCGUUCCGAUGAGCUCACGCGUCACUUCCGGAAGCACACCGGUCACCGGCCGUUCCAGUGUCACCUGUGUGAACGGGCCUUCUCCCGGUCUGACCAUCUCGCCCUGCACAUGAAGAGGCACAUGUGAGGAAAAAAAAAAAAAAAAAAACAUGGCGCAGACAAGGACUUCUAUGCACCGCAUCAAGCCAUAAAAAGAACUGUUAUGAUCAGACAUAGAAGGAUGCUGUGCACAUAUAUAGACGCAAAAUCCUAUAGGAGUAGAAACUAUAGUGAUGACAUGACAGCAUAAACUGCCAUACAGUAUGAUGAGGCCACUAUUGACUACACUGUAAGACCUAUUAUAGGAAUAUUAUAGUGAUUUUUCAUCAGGGCAAUAGGGGCAUCAAAAUGAUACGCCCUUGAGUUAUAUUUUGUGAAAAGAUUUAUUUAAAUGUUUUUUUUGAGACAAACAAAACCACAAGACUAAUAGGAAAUGCAGCCAGAUAGACAGAAACAGAUCAUUCUGUUCAGACUAAAACUUUUUUUUUUGUGUUAACUAUGUAGCUGGUACUACUUUUUGUAUGGAAUUCUGUUUAUAUAGACAACAAAUUAAAGGAACAUUCCACUCAACAUGUCAGGCACAUGCCAAUCAAGCACUUGGAAGCGUGACAAUCCUUUGAAGAGCAAAACUAUUUUUUGUUUUUUUGUAUUUCACCAUUAGUGCCUUUAAUAACAUGUUAUUACACAUCUUACGAGUGCCAUAUUCUCCACUGGCUAAAAGACAAUCAAAGUUUUAUUCUGCGUGUUAUAUUGUAAGUGUAAACAGCACGUGAUAUAAGCUUUGAGACAAUGUUUUGUUCUAAAACUGCCAUUUAUUCUGUCCUCCCUGAAGGCUUGAAUAGGAUGUCAUGUCUGUGAGUCUGUUGUCUAGCGUUUAAAGUCAGGUUCUUACAGUCGGAAGUCUCACAGAAGUGCACGCCAUCUCAACACCGCCUGAUUGACAAAGGGCUACACAGUCUUUGGCAAAAAAAGAUUUGUUUGUAUGUGUCUUGAAGGAAUGUACUGCCUUGUAAAUGGAAUCUUUUUUUUAUAUAUUGUAAAUAGUUUAUUUUAAUGUACAUAUUAAACUAAAUGAAGAUGA